GCUGUGGUGGAAGUGGGCCACCAGGCCCCACAUCGACGCUCCCGGGCCACCCACACUGCCCAUCAUCGGGAACAUUCUGGACUUCCUUGAAAUGCCAGUGACCCUCCAUAAGGUGUUUGACCUGCAUCACCAGUAUGGGAACUUGGUGAGGCUGUAUGUCGGCCCAAUGCUGCUGGUGAUGGUGGCGCACCCAGACGAUGUGCGGCACAUCCUGCUGACAUCAAAGCUGGUAGACCGUGGCACCAUCGUCACCAACCUCUUGCGGCCCUUCGCUGGCGUUGGGUUAAUCAACAUUGAUGCUAGGCGGUGGAAGCUGCACCGCAAACUUAUCAACCCCACGUUCCACUCCGAGCUUCUGGAGGGAUACCUGGAGGCUUUCCACGAUGGUGGUCUCUUCGUGAGCGAGCGGCUCGCCAGGGCCAGAGGCGCAGCUACCGACGUUCACCCUCCAGUGUUAUCGGCAGCCAUCCACAACUUCUGCAGCACCAUCAUUGGCAUGAACCAUGACCUCAUACCAGACGGCAUGGCAGGGGAGGAGCUGUCUGCCGCAGUGAACGAUGGCUUGAGCACUGUGCAGGUUAUGAAUCUGCUGGUAGCCGGCACAGAGACAGUGUCCGUGACCGUCGGCUAUGCACUGACACUGCUGGCCCUCCACCCUGAGUGGCAGGAUGCAGCCCACCAGGAGCUGAAGGACGUCUUCGGCGAGGGUGACGACUACCUGCGGGCCCCCAGCCUUGCAGACCUUGGCAGACUCAGGGUGCUGGAGAGCAUCAUCAAGGAGACACUGCGGCUGUUUCCAACGGUCCCGAUACUCCCUCGGGUGGCCACAGAGGACCUCUGGCUGUCUGGAGGGUCUCCAGCGAGUGUGUUGGUUCCUAAAGGUGCACUGCUUUUCGUGAUGCCCUUCCUCACACACCGCCUGCCACAGUUCUUCCCGGACCCACAGCGGUUCGACCCAUCACGCUUCUUGGAGGACCGUGUUGGCAAAGAGCAUACAUGCAGCUACCUGCCAUUUGGAUUGGGCGCGCGCAACUGUGUGGGCUACCAGUAUAGCCGACUGGAGCUCAAAGUCUACCUGGCAGACAUACUGAGGCGCUUCCGCUUCCUGCCAUGUAGCCGGCGGGAGGACCUGGAGAACUGCGCGCUCUCCUUGAGCCUAAACCCCAUCAAACCAAUCAGAGUGUCGUGCAUGCCUCUGGGUGGCCCUAGCACAUAG